UUGCCGGGGUCUCAACUAAGGGCUGCUGCUGAGGUCCAGUAUGGCAACAGCUGUGAUGAUUGGGAGAGUGAUGAUGAUCUAUCAUUAGCCGAAGUAAACAAAAGGCGACGUCUAAAUUUUGAAAAUGAAUGUGCUUCCACAUCCCAAGCCUCGCUUCUUCAAGGACAAAUAGAUGAUCCGGUUUCACCUGCUGUACCAGUACCUUCUACUUCAACAAAUGCUCCAACUAUGAUCAACUUCAAAAAUACUAAAUAUACUUGGAGUUCAAGAGAUAUUCAGCCUACGCACAGUGAUUGGCAUAACCCACAGCGUCCUGACCAGUAUGGUGAUAAAAAUCCCAUUGAUUACUUUGAUUGCAUGUUUGACGACGUGGUUUUGAAUAUUCUUGUGGAAUUUACUAACUUAUAUGCUACAAAGAAGAAUAAAGAAGGUAACGUGACAGCAAGGGAGAUGAAAUGUUUUUUGGGAAUACUGUUGUAUAGUGGAUACGCGGUUGUUCCUAGACGAAGUAUGUACUGGGAAAAUACUCCAGACUGCAGUGUACCAUUUGUCUCAUCAGCUAUGGUAAGGGAUAGGUUUAAUUUUAUAGUAUCCCAUUUAAAUUGUUGCAACAACUCCCAACUCAAUGAGAGAGACAAAUUUGCGAAGUUAAAACCUCUCUUUGAUGUGCUAAACUCGAAUUUUUUGAAGCAUGCUCCUUUACAAGAGUGUCACAGUAUCGACGAAGCUAUGGUCCCAUAUUACGGUGGGCAUCCAUGUAAACAGUUUAUAAGAGGCAAACCUAUUAGAUGGGGCUAUAAGUUCCGGGUUGGAGCAACGCGUCUGGGCUACCUUUUAUGGUUUCAACCGUAUCAAGGACAACAAGGAUGCACCGAUACAAAAUACAAAAGUCUCGGAUUGGGUGUUGUAUUGCAGUAUGUUGAUGAGCUUCGUAAGAUAAAUGCAGAAGCUCCAUUCCAUCUGUUCUUCGACAACUUUUUUACAUCUAUCACACUUAUAGAUGAACUUCGGACGCGCGGUCUGAAAGCUACAGGCACCAUAAGAGAGAAUAGAGUGUCAAAAUGCCCAUUGCCCACUAACAAAAAACUCAAAAAAACUAACCGUGGGACGUACAAAUACAAAUCUACUAAGAGCUGA